GUUCUUGCUCCGUUGUCGCUGCCGGAUCGCGGGAUGAGGCCUCGGCGGAGCACGUCGGUGCCCGGCACCCCCUCGGUGUCCGUGGCGUUCCCGGGCACCGUGCGCCGGGGUAGCGGCUGCCGCUUCACCUGCGAGCUCCUCAAGCACGUGCUGCACCAGCGGAACCAGCUCCCGCUGCCCUACGAGCAGCUCGCCUACUUCUGCCGGCGGGCGGCACAGAAUGGAGAUGGAAUUGAGAAGCCACCCUCCGUGGGCCUGGGAAGCAGCAAGUGCCAGCAGGUGCUAAUGGAGCUGGAGGGAUUGUUCCAGCAUCUGGAAGUCAUGUUUAGUUUGACGCUGGUUCCUAGGGUCCUCUUCCUACUUGGAGGAAAUGUCAUGAACCCCAAGGAGCUCUAUGAGCUGAACUUGGAAGGGAUCUGCGAGGGCAGUGCUGAGGAGAGCCUCCAGACGGCCCCCUGUGUUCGCCAGCUCUUUCACAGCCUGUUCGUAGCAGACAUCUUCAGUGAACUGAAGGCUCUCCCUAUCACAGGCACGCUCGUCCUGGUCCAGGGCCACCGGGACUGCGGUGUUGAGUGGUUCCGGCCCAAGCUGAACUACAAAGUGCCAACACGAGGGAGGAAGCUGACUGUUAGAUUGUCCUGUGAUGGAGACCCCCACCCGAGUGCCUCACCUACACAGCACACAGCGCCUGAGUGGGAGGACUACAUCUGGUUCCAAGCACCAGUGACCCUCAAAGGCUUUAGUGAAUGACUGGGAUCUAUAGAUGUCCAACUGGAAUAUUAAUUACCCUGUGUUAAGUGUUAAUUUUAUCCAGUGUAACCAUGUAUCUUUUUCUGAUUUUUUUUUUUCUCCAGGGCAUUUAUUGUCUUCCUGUAGCUUGGCUGCACUCAUCUUUUGUCACUUCCUGACUUCUUGUUGAAGGCAAAUCCCCUUUAAGGCAAAGGUGCAGUGAUUUCUGAGGGACUUGAGCUGUGGCAGAGCAGAUGAAUUAGUGUGUUGGGAUGCACCCUGCUGUGUGCUUAGGAGCAGCUGCAACUAUUGGUAUCCCCUCAGCUGUUGUGGUGCCCACCCCACUUGAGCAAUCAAGUUAUUAUCCAUCUAUUUGAUAAAAUUAGACUUCUACACACCUCGGUUUCAGUUCCUUAACGUUCCAAAGAGUGAGAUUUCUCAGUGGAUGGGAGAUCUUGUACCUAGUGCUGCUCUGUACUGGAGAUGGAAAGAGCUUGACCAGUUCUGUGGAGGCAGGGUAGCAAUAAGCAAUUUUAUUUUUUUUUAAAACCUUAGUCCAGCAGCCCUGACAAUCAGUUAAAUA